AUGGGCGCCGUCUCAGGGCUUCUGUUAAUCCUUAUUACGAUCUUCAUCCCACCUCUUGGUGUCUACAUGGUCGCAGGAUGUGGUGCUGAUUUCUGGAUUAAUGUCUGCUUGACCAUCCUUGGAUAUUUCCCAGGUCACAUCCACGCUUUCUACGUCGAAUACGUGUAUUACGAGCGCAAGGAGGCUGCGAGAGAGGGACGAUUCGUGGCGCAGAGAGCGCCGGGCGUGUAUAGUGAUAGGGUGCAGAGUGGUGGACAUGGGUAUGGGACGAUUGUGCAGCCUAAUGCUGCUUGA